AAUAUGCUGUUGUUUUUACAUUCACACUACAGUCAUAUUCUAAUUUCAGUUCAUUUAUCACAUUUCUCUCUCAAAUUCUCAACAGCAGUAACUGGACAAACUUCCCUCAUCACUGUCAGAGAUGGAGAUGAAGCCACUUUGUCCUGUAAAAAUGUGAUGACUGAUCAGAAUAAAUGUGACAGCACUAACUGGAUCUUUGUUUCAACUAACACAGCAAUAGUUGAGCUGAUUAAACUUGGGCAGAUUGGUGAAAGCGCCAAAGCUAAAUCAGACAGACUGAGUCUUACAGUGGACUGUUCUCUGGUUAUAAAGAAGGUCACAGUUGAGGAUGCUGGUCAGUACACCUGCAGACAGUUUAAAUCAGGACGACAACAAGGUCCAGACUCUGACGUUGAUCUGUCUGUUGUUAUCAUGACUGAACAUAAGGACGCUGCUGAGGUGAAGUUAAGCUGCUCUGUGUCGACAUAUGAUGGCUGCAGACACACAGUGAAGUGGCUGUAUAAAGGAAGUGAUUUGGACAUGAAUACCAGAGACAGACAGACAUCACAAUCUACCUGCUCAGCCACUGUGGUGUUGUUGACUUCUCAUUUUAUUGACACAUCAAAUUCUAAGUUUUUGAAGUGUAAAGUCACAGAUCUCAACAGUGGAAAAGUGCAGCUGUAUAACUUCAAUCGUCAGUCGUCAGGUGAGGCAACAACAACAAAACCUGAAACAACAGCAACACAAGAAGCUUGUGCAGAUUGUUCUGCUCUGAGCUACAUAAUGUUGGUGAUGCGUGUGGCUGAACUCGUCCUCAUCACUGUUGUUACUGUUCUUCUCUUCAGAGCUCGAGCAGGGAACCAGAGACCACCUGAUGACCACACUGUUUCUUACUCAGUAAGAAGCAGAACAGCGAGGCGUUCAGGUCCAGCAGCCAGUCAGGAGAAGAAUGAUGAAGAUGAUGGUGCGCUGAACUAUGAAAACUUUGGAGAAUCUUCUGCUUCUGUCAGACUCCGCUGAUCAACCACUUCCAAACCAUCAGCUCACCAGAGAAACGACUCCCUGACUGUUAUAUCAUUUAUAUCGUCUCAGUUUUACAGGAGUAGUUGAAUUCUUUACAUAAAGAAAGAAUCAUAAGAUCACUUUGAGGUUUUGGCUCCUUGAAUGUUUUGUUGUUGUUCAUCAAAUUAAGAAAUGUUAAUAUGUUU